AUGGAAGAAGUGAGAAAUCAGCAGCCUAUAGCAGGACUCGGAGUUGCUAAAGUGGUGGAUGCUGGACAUUCAUACUUCAAGAAAGGUGACCUUGAAAUUAGUGCUCCUCGUACCCUAUUCAAGAUUCAACAUACGGAUGUCCCUCUUUCCUAUUACACAGGAAUUCUUAGUAUGCCUGGUAUGACUGCUUAUUAUGGUUUCUAUGAGAUUUGUGCUCCAAAGAAAGGAGAGUAUGUCUUUGUUUCCGCAGCUUCUGGGGCAGUGGGUCAGCUUGUCGGGCAGUUUGCAAAGCUGGCCGGAUGUUAUGUUGUUGGAACUGCUGGAACCAACGAAAAGGUUGAGCUGUUGAAGAAUAAAUGUGGAUUUGACGAGGCUUUUAACUAA